AUGUGGUGGAGCGUUGUCAUGUGUGUUGGUAAUAUUUAAUCUUUGCAGUUGUUUUCUGACCUCCCCCUGGCCUCCUUUGUGAUGUGGAGCAGACAUUUAGACUAACAGUAUAAAUCACGUGCCGCUUUCUAUUGCACUGUUUUGUUUGUUAUGACGACUGACUAACUUAUACAAUUUUACUGACUGGAGCUAAGGGCUUCACAAUGCUUUAUAAUGCAUUAUAGGGCUUCAUAUGGUGUUAUAAUGCUUCAUAAGCCUUUAAGGCUUUACCCUAUAAUACUAGUGUGCACUUCAUUGAUCACUACUGCCUCAUUAAAAGCCAGUGUGGGCCUGAUCGUGAUCUAUCUAAUAACUAUCAUUAAAAGCCAGUGUGGGCCUGAUCGUGAUCCAUCUAAUAACUAUCAUUAAAAGCCAGUGUGGGCCUGAUCGUGAUCCAUCUAAUAACUAUCAUUAAAAGCCAGUGUGGGGGAUCCAUCUAUAACUAUCAUUAAAAGCCAGUGUGGGCCUGAUCGUGAUCCAUCUAAUAACUAUCAUUAAAAGCCAGUGUGGGCCUGAUCGUGAUCCAUCUAAUAACUAUCAUUAAAAGCCAGUGUGGGCCUGAUCGUGAUCCAUCUAAUAACUAUCAUUAAAAGCCAGUGUGGGCCUGAUCGUGAUCCAUCUAAUAACUAUCAUUUAAAAGCCAGUGUGGUCGUGAUCUAUCAUUUUCCUCCAUAGUUAUGUUGUGUACUUGGAUUGGAAAAUUGCACUAUGACUUCGUCUAUCAGGAAGAAUACUCUACACAUUCAUUAGCUCAGUGCGAGCUAUGCAGAUUUCCUAACAAUGUCUGUUUCAGAUUUCAUUACUCCGCUGUACCCAACUCCUCCUUGUUUUAGGGUUUGUUUUGGAGCCUAGCUCCUAUUUCCUCUGACCAGAAAAACACCUGGAAAAUGAGUUGGAAAUUUGAGGAAGAGAUUUACAGCCAUGAUUAUCCACCAUCGUGCAGUGUAGUAAAAACACACAAGCCUCUGAUCAGGUUAAUGUGUAGCUGGAAAAAAGACAUACACACACACAAACAAAAAAACACACACGUCUGCAAAUUAUUUUCAAAGUCAGCCAGAAGUAACUGCAGUUACAGAUGUAGGAGAACUUUCAAACUUGUAGUUUAUUUGAGGUUUAAAAAUGCUUCUGAAAUUUGUAAUUUCCACUUUGAAAUUUCGGACUUGAAAACCAAACACUGCAUUCCACAGUAAGAACCUCAUACCAAUGGUCAAGCGUGGUGGUGGUGGUGUGAUGGUUUGGGGAUGCUUUGCUGCCUCAGGACCUGGACGACACGCCUUAAUAGAAGGAACCAUGAAUUCUGCUCUGUAUCAGAGAAUUCUACAGGAGAAUGUCAGACCAUCCGUCUGUGAGCUGAAGCUGAAGCGCAGCUGGUUCAUGCAGCAAGACAAUUAUCCAAAACACACAUGCACGUCUACAUCAGAAUGGUUAAAAAGCAACAAAUAUAAUGUUUUGGAGUGGCCUAGUCAAAGUCCAGACCUAAACCCCAUUGAGAUGUUGUGGCAGGACCUGAAACGAGCAGUUUCAUGCAAAAUAAAAUAAAAAAAAAUAGCUGAAUUACUUUUUCACAGAUGGUCAUUGGGUGUUGCAUAACUUUAUUUAUUAAAUAAAUGAAAUAAGUAUCACAUUUUCUGUUAUUUGUUCACUCAGGUUCCCUUUAUCUAAUAUUAGGUUUUGGUUGAAGAUCUGAUAACAUUCAGUGUAAAAAAUAUGCAAAAAUUGAGAAAAUCAGAAAGGGGCCAAAUACUUUUUUCACGGCACUGUAUUGUACGCCAUUAAAAAUAGCCUCGGCUCUUUCUCUCUGUGUUCUUGUCUAGCCAUGGCAUACUGCCGCUUUCCUCAUGAGGCUUCCACGUCUCUUCCUGUUUUCACUGCUCUAGUUCAGGAGGCAUGUGUUUUAUUGCAAUCACCAACCUUUUCACAGUCAAGAUCACUUUCACAGUCAAGAUCACUUUCACAGUCAAGAUCACUUUCACAGUCAAGAUCACUUUCGCAGUCAAAAAGCAAGCCGAGAUCCUUUCAGAAAAAAAAUUAAAUAAAAAAAAUGGACUUGUAAUGUAAGACCUGGUGCCGCUUUAAAUGACGUGCAGCUUCAUAAAGCCUUCAUAAAGCCUUCAUAAAGCCUUCAUAGACACUACAUAAAUGUGUUACGAAUCAUCUAUAACUGUAUGUGUCAUGCUUUAUAAAGGGUUCAUAAAUGUGGCAUAACUAUGUGACAUAAACGCCAAUGUCAAAUGUGACAUAACCCACUAUGUCAAAUAUGACAUAAACCUGUGCUUUAGAAAGGGUGGCAUAAGCCCAGCUUAAUAAAGGCCUUAUAAAUAAUAUUAAAUUGAGGCGUCACAAAGCAUGCAUGUUGGUAGAGCAUUGCAAUGCCAGGAUAUUGGGUUCGAUUCCCGGGACCACCCAUACAUAAAAAUGUAUUCACACAUGACUGUAUGAAUUAAUGAAUGAAUGAAUGAAUGACAUUUUAUUUUAGUGUCAAAUCGCAUAAACAAACAUUACAAUAAUUCACUGUGAUAAUUCAGUGAUAAUUCUUCCGGUGUUCUCUGCAGUGCGCAUCGCAUAAAGAGUGAAAAGAUUAAAGAUAAAAAUCAAUACAUAAUAGUAAAUCAAUCAAAUUCAAUCAAUCACAUUUUAUUUAUAAAGCCCUUUUUACAUCAGCAGAUGUCACAACGUGCUAUACAGAAACCCAGCCUAAAACCCCAAACAGCAAGCAAUGCAGAUGUAUAAUUAUAUCCCUAGAGCAGUAAAACAAUAUACAUACACUACCAGUCAAAAGUUUUAGAACACCUACUCAUUCAUGGGUUUUUCUUUAUUUUUACUAUUUUCUACAUUGUAGAAUAAUAGUGAAGACAUCAAAACUAUGAAAUAACACAUAUGGAAUCAUGUAGUAACCAAAAAAGUGUUAAACAAAUCAAAAUGUUAUAUUUGAGAUUCUUCAAAUUGCCACCCUUUGCCUUGAUGACAGCUUUGCACACUCUUGGCAUUCUCUCAACCAGCUUCAUGAGGUAGUCACCUGGAUUGCAUUUCAAUUAACAGGUGUACCUUCUUAAAAGUUAAUUUGUGGAAUUUAUUUCCUUCUUAAUGCGUUUGAGCCAAUCAAUUGUGUUGUGACAAGGUAGGGGGGGUAUACAGAAGAUAGCCCUAUUUGGUAAAACACCAAGUCCAUAUUAUGGCAAGAACAGCUCAAAUAAGCAAAGAGAAACGACAGUCCAUCAUUACUUUAAGACAUGAAGGUCAGUCAAUCCGGAAAAUUCCAAGAACUUUGAAAGUUUCUUCAAGUGCAGUCUCAAAAACCAUCAAGCGCUAUGAUGAAACUGGCUCUCAUGAGGACCGCCACAGAAAUGGAAGACCCAGAGUUACCUCUGCUGCAGAGGAUAAGUUCAAUAGAGUUACCAGCCUCAGAAAUUGCAGCCCAAAUAAAUGCUUCACAGAGUUCAAGUAACAGACACAUCUCAACAUCAACUGUUCAGAUGAGAUUGUGUGAAUCAGGCCUUCAUGGUCGAAUUGCUGCAAAGAAACCACUACUAAAGGACACCAAUAAGAAGAAGAGACUUGCUUGGGCCAAGAAACACGAGCAAUGGACAUUAGACCGGUGGAAAUGUGUAUUUUGGUCUGGAGUCCAAAUCUGUGAUUUUUGGUUCCAAACGCUGUGUCUUUGUGAGACACUUUGUGGGUGAACAGAUGAUCUCCGCAAAUGUAUUUCCCACCGUAAAGCAUGGAGGUGGAGGUGUUAUGGUGUGGGGGUGCUUUGCUGGUGACACUGUCUGUGAUUUAUUUAGAAUUCAAGGCACACUUAACCAGUAUGGCUACCGCAGCAUUCUGCAGCGAUACGCCAUCCCAUCUUGUUUGGGCUUAGUGGGACUAUCAUUUGUUUUUCAACAGGACAAUGACCCAACACACCUCCAGGCUGUGUAAGGGCUAUUUUACCAAGAAGGAGAUUGAUGGAGUGCUGCAUCAGAUGACCUGGCCUCCACAAUCCUUGUUAACAAACUAUAGUUUUGGCAAGUUGUUUAGGACAUCUACUUUGUGCAUGACACAAGUCAUUUUUCCAACAAUUGUUUACAGACAGAUUAUUUCACUUAUAAUUCACUGUAUCACAAUUCCAGUGGAUCAGAAGUUUACAUACACUAAGUUGACUGUGCCUUUAAACAGCUUGGAAAAUUCCAGAAAAUGAUGUCAUGGCUUUAGAAGCUUCUGAUAGGCUAGUUGACAUAAUUUGAGUCCAUUGGAGGUGUACCUGUGGAUGUAUUUCAAGGCCUACCUUCAAACUCAGUGCCUCUUUGCUUGACAUCAUGGGAAAAUCAAAAGAAAUCAGCCAAGACCUCAGAAGAAAAAUGGUAGACCUCCACAAGUCUGGUUCAUCCUUGGGAGCAAUUUCCAAACGCCUGAAGGUACCAAGUUCAUCUGUCCAAACAAUAGUACGCAAGUAUAAACACCAUGGGACCACGCAGCCGUCAUACCGCUCAGGAAGGUGACGUGUUUUGUCUCCUAGAGAUGAACGUACUUUGGUGUGAAAAGUGCAAUUCAAUCCCAGAACAACAGCAAAGGACCUUUUUGGAGAAAUGUCCUCUGGUCUGAUGAAACAAAAAUAGAACUGAUUGGCCAUAAUGACCAUCGUUAUGUUUGGAGGAAAAAGGGGGACGCUUGCAAGCCAAAGAACACCAUCCCAACCGUGAAGCACGGGGGUGGCAGCAUCAUGCUGUGGGGGUGCUUUGCUGCAGGAGGGACUUGUGCACUUCACAAAAUAGAUGGCAUCAUGAGGAAGGAAAAUUAUGUGGAUAUAUUGAAGCAACAUCUCAAGACAUCAGUCAGGAAGUUAAAGCUUGGUCACAAAUGGGUCUUCCAAAUGGACAAUGACCCCAAGCAUACUUCCAAAGUUGUGGCAAAAUGGCUUAAGGACAACAAAGUCAAGGUAUUGGAGUGGCCAUCACAAAGCCCUGACCUCAAUCCUAUAGAAAAUUUGUGGGCAGAACUGAAAAAGUGUGUGCGAGCAAGGAGGCCUACAAACCUGACUCAGUUACUCCAGCUGUGUCAGGAGGAAUGGGCCAAAAUCCACCCAACUUAUUGUGGAAAGCUUGUGGAAGGCUACCCGAAACGUUUGACCCAAGUUAAAUAAUUUAAAGGCAAUGCUACCAAAUACUAAUUGAGUGUAUGUAAACUUCUGAUCCACUGGGAUUGUGAUGAAAGAAAUAAAAGCUGAAAUAAAUCAUUCUCUCUACUAUUAUUCUGACAUUUCACAUUCUUAAAAUAAAGUGGUGAUCCUACCUGACCUAAAACAGGGAAUUCUUACUAUGAUUAAAUGUCAGGAAUUGUGAAAAACUGAGUUUAAAUGUAUUUGGCAAAGGUGUAUGUAAACUUCCGACUUCAACUGUAUAUACACAUACAUACAUACAUACAUACAUACAUACAUACAUACAUACAUACAUACAUACAUAACAUAUACAGAUAAAUAAAUACAGAAAAAUGAAACAGAAGGCCUUUGAACCAAGUCUGGCACAAAGGGAAGAUUCAUAUGGGAGACAAACCUAUACACAAGAAAGCUAAGCAUUUUUCUAAUUUAAUUAUAGGUAGCUCUUUUUAUUCCAGGCUGUAAGUCGCUUUGGAUAAAAGUGUCUGAUAAAUGUUUUGAUAUUAUAUUUUCACUAAAACAUUUCAUAGGAUGGCCCAACCGCUUUCCCUCUUGGGUGCAUAGUCGAUAUUGGACCUGACCUCAACUUCUCCCAGAAUGCUGUGCUGCAGGAUGAGACACUAAAGUGCAGUCAUGCACAGCAGAACACGUUCUUUUAAAAUCCGUUUAGAUUUUUUGCUUCUACUUCUGUUUUUUUUUCUCCUAAAUUCCGUUUUCUUGGUUUUGUUUUUUUCCAGGUUUUUAGAUUUUCAAAAAAGAAAUCUGGUUUUCCCCAGAUUUUUCAUACUUUUUUAAUAGAAAAACAACAACAUUUUAUUUUCUGUGUUCACAACAUUGCUUAAACCACAUCAGGGGGGGGACGACUUUUUAGUUGUCCUUUAAUUCAGUGAGCAUGCCCUGCACUGUUGUUUUGGUUAUAGGGUUUUCUGAAGUGCAGUAAGCCACGUGUGAUGUGAUUCGUCCGCCAAUGGAAUGGGCGGAGUAAAAGGCCGGCAACACUCCCUAUUACUCAUAGCCCAAUGAAAUGACACCGUAUAUACAUUCUACAGACCCUACUGAGCAUUCCCUACAACACAUUUACUGCUGAACCCAGAAUAGUUCUUGCUCUAAGCCGAUAUAUACAGUGAUUCGCAUUGGGGGGCUUUUAUUUGACCUCGGAACAUGUUUUAGAACCAAAAUGUAAUGCAAAUGUCACUUAAAUAUGAACAAAUAUGAAUCACUGUUAAUAUUUAGACAAUUAUUUUUCAUAUAUCAUGAAUGGUGAUUGACACUUUUCUACUAUUACGUGGGGGACUUUUAUUUUGAACAUUUUUGAAAAUUCCGUGACCCGGAAGUACUUUUUUAGUGUCGCUGACGAGACGCUGAUCAUGUGUUGAGUUCACAAAUCAAAUGCCGCACUUGUGCUGCCCCUGGACAGUGAAAAACAAGUAAGUUAACCUUUUAUUUAUUGUCAUUUAAAUUAUACUGAACAAAAAUAUAUAUGCAACAUGCAACAAUUUCAAAGAUUUUACUGAGUUACAGUUCAUAGAAGGAAAUAAGUCAAUUUAAAUACAUUCAUUAGGUCCUAGUUUAUGGAUCUCACAUGACUGGGCAGGGGCGCAGCCAUGUGUGGGCCUGGGAGGGCAUAGGGCCCAGCCAAUCGCUCCCUCAAAACUUGAUACAUCUGUAGCAUUGUGUGUUGUAACAAAACUGCACAUUUUACAGUGGCCUUUUAUUCUCCCCAGCACAAGGUGCACCUAUGUAAUGAUCAUGCUGUUUAAUCAGCUUGUUGAUAUGCCACACCUGUCAGGUGGCUGGAUUAUCUUGGAAAAUGAAAAAUGGGAUGUAAACAAAUUUGUGCACAAACUUUGAGAGAAAUAUGUUUUUUGUGCGUAUGGAACAUUUCUGGGAUCUUUUAUUUCAGCUCAUGAAACAUGGGACCAACACUUAACAUGUUGUGUUUAUAUUUUUGUUAAGUAGAGUUUGUAGUAGUUAAGUGUUGAGUUAGAUUAUAUACUGUAGCUACCUCAACCGCUAUUUCAAAUACUUUUGGUGACUUCACAGCAAACGCUAGCUAGCCAAAAUGUAGCUAGCUAGCAGGAUCAGCUAAAUACAAAUCCCCCUUAGAUACAGCCACGUCUCAUAAUCACGUCAUGAGAUUUGUAAAUGAAAGAGGAAUAUAAUAAAAUGAAUUGAAUGGAGUUUCCCAUCUUCCCAUUCAGAGUAUUUCUGGUGCAGCACAGACAUGCCCUUAUCCGGAUGAUGUGACAAAGGCAUUUCAUAACAGACCUGCUAACUUUCUUUGUUGUUACUUUUUAAGGUUGGAACCAACAUGCAGUGCCUCCAGCAGGAAGAGAGGUAAAGAACCAUUCGUCCUCCAGCUCAGAGACAAGCUGCUGUCACGAUCGUCGUAAUGAGUGGACCAAGGCGCAGCGUGAAAUGCGUACAUCUUUUAUUGAGUACUAUUAACAAUAACAAAACAACAAAACGAAACGUGAAGUCCUCGGUCAUAAACACAAACCUACACGGAACAAGAUCCCACAAAACUAACACAUAGAAACUAACACCCUGGCUCAACAUAUAAAAGUCCCCAGAGCCAGGGCGUGACAGCUGCACUAUUCACAGCCCUGUGGAAUGUUCAAUGUAAUUGCAUUGCUGGACUUUUUUAGAAAACUUCAUGUAUUUGUAUUGUUUUAAAAAAUGUACAAUAAAAGGAAACGUAUGGUUUAAACAUGUCUUUAAUGUUUAUUGGUUUUAGCUGUUAGUGAUCAUUCCCUAAGUGUUAAUCCAUUUGUGUUUACAUCAUUAAACCUUUAUGUAUGCGUUAUAAAGGACCAAAUGAUUCUGACUUUAUAGUAAGUACAGCGUCAUGGGAUACAGAGUCUUUAUGGAUGUGUUAUGAAUGACCGAAGGAGUCUGACUUCAAACUAAGUAUUACAGGACACUACAUGAAGCGUCAAUAAAUUGGUUAUUUACAUUCUGCUGAUUUUAUGAAGGUUCUCUCAUGAUCCACAGGUUACUGUAGGGUGUGAGAGGUAUUUAAAUGGGUUGAUGGACCUGCAAAGCGUGUGUGUGUGUGUGUGUGUGCGCGCGUGCGUGCGUGCGUGUGUAUGUGUGUCAGAACCAAGAUGAUUUGGAGUAGUCCAACCUGAGACUAUUCCUCUUCUAGGCCCUCAAAAUUGCCAAAGACUCCAGCCACCCUAGUCAUAGACUGUUGUCUCUGCUACCGCACGGCAAGCGGUACCGGAGCGCCAAGUCUAGGUCCAAAAGGCUUCUUAACAGCUUCUACCCCCAAGCUAUAAGACUCCUGAACAUCUAAUCAAAUGGCUACCCGGACUAUUGAAAAAUAAGCAAAUAAUUAGCUAUUUUACUGGACUGAUGGUAGGUUACUUGCAUCUGAUGGUCAUGGUACUUUCAAGACAACUGGGAACUCUGGGGGAAAAAAACAGGUAUAAUCAUGACGUCGGUGUUCUUCAGGUCGGAAAAUCGGAGCAGAAAUGUUUGGUGAUCGACUAGGAAGUCCUUGAUCCACCGGUUGGUGACCACUGGUUUAUUGUGAUCAGACGAUAAUGACAUAAUGUCACUGAAAUGAUCUGCAGUCAGAGAAAUCAGAGCUGCAUCAAGACAGCUGGAAGGAAGGGUAACAGGAUGAUUUACACUGUUAAUAUGCUUCUCACUUAUUCUAACAUCUCCUCUCCUCUCCUCUCCUCUCCCUCUCCUCUCUCCUCUCCUCUCCUCUCCUCUCCUCUCCUCAUCCUCUCCUCUCUCUCCUCCAUCUCCUCUCCUCUCCAGUUUACCCUGGCUGACCAGUGCUGGAAUGGCGGGCUGCAUCUACCUGAUCAUGCUCCGGAGGAUCAAGCGUAAAGCCCCUCUCCCUCCAUGCAAUGGAAACGGCAACGCCACCAUCACUGGUGGCACCGGUGGGAUCUACGGUGGAUCCACCCACUCCCUGGAUGACCUGAGCAGCAUCUCCUCCGAGCCUCCCAGUAGCCCGCCGACGCAGAACGGGGAUGGCAAACGUAUGCGGAAAUUCGGCGUCAUCUCCCGGUCGUCGUUCAAUCGUGAUAGUAAAGACAGUAAGGAAGGUAGCUGUGACGAUGGCGGCAGGGAGAGGCUGGAGAAUGGUUACCACGUCUACGGAGGCUCCACCUUUUCCAUGGAGACGGAGGUCACUGAGGUCAUGCCCCCGGAGGGGGGGCCAGGACCAGGAAGAAAGGAUGAGGGGCCCGUGACUGUCCUGCCCCCUCUAGCAAUCCCCCAUCACCUGCAGAACGGGGGAAGGACUGCCACCCUGCCGAACCGCUCCCACAGGAAACUGUCAGAACACAAGACAGAGUCACUCAGCAGUGAUACCUCCAGUCAGGUAAGACAGACAGAAUCACUCAGCAGUGAUACCUCCAGUCAGGUAAGACAGACAGAAUCACUCAGCAGUGAUACCUCCAGUCAGGUAAGACAGACAGAGUCACUCAGCAGUGAUACCUCCAGUCAGGUAAGACAGACAGAGUCACUCAGCAGUGAUACCUCCAGUCAGGUAAGACAGACAGAAUCACUCCAGCGAGUGAUACCAUCCAGUCAGGUAAGACAGACAGAAAUCACUCAGCAGUGAUACCUCCAGUCAGGUAAGACAGACAGAAUCACUCAGCAGUGAUACCUCCAGUCAGGUAAGACAGACAGAAUCACUCAGCAGUGAUACCUCCAGUCAGGUAAGACAGACAGAAUCACUCAGCAGUGAUACCUCCAGUCAGGUAAGACAGACAGAAUCACUCAGCAGGAUACCUCCAGUCAGGUAAGACAGACAGAAUCACUCAGCAGUGAUACCUCCAGUCAGGUAAGACAGACAGAAUCACUCAGCAGUGAUACCUCCAGUCAGGUAAGACAGACAGAAUCACUCAGCAGUGAUACCUCCAGUCAGGUAAGACAGACAGAGUCACUCAGCAGUGAUAUCUCCAGUCAGGUAAGACAGACAGAAUCACUCAGCAGUGAUAUCUCCAGUCAGGUAAGACAGACAGAAUCACUCAGCAGUGAUACCUCUAGUCAAGGGGCGGCAGGUAGCUUAGUGGUUAAGAGCGUUGUGCCAGUAACCGAAAGGUCGCUGGUUCUAAUCCCCGAGCCGACUAGGUGAAAAAUCUUCCAUUUAUCACAAGGGGGCAAUAGCAGAGAUUUUCUUGUUGUUGUCUUCCCAUUUGUGAUAAAAGUAAAGAAGAAUCACAUUUAACACAUCAUCACCACUGCUAGCUAAUUUAAUUGAAAACGAACUGCAUAUUUGAAUAAUAGCUACAUGUAAUGAAAGUUUAGGUUUGUUUUACAUUACCUCGUUUUGUGCCUGCCAGUUGGCUGUAGGCUACUCCGCUAGCAGCUUGCUAGCUAAGCUUCCCACAUCUCCCCCAUGUGAAAUAAUCAGACUUAUAAUUUAAAAAAAAUAUGCCCUGGCAAAUAUUCUUUACUUGCCAGUGUACUUGCCAGUGUAAUCUCCAGCAUUAUCCCAGUUUGAUAUGCUGCUUGGAAUAUAUUCACUCCCAUAUUAGCUAAUAAUAGAAUAUCCUGUUUUGGUCGCCGUGUAAAAGCACAUACAUUACCGGUCAAAAGUUUUAGAACGACCUACUCAUUCAAGGGUUUUUCUUAAUUUUUACUAUUUUCUACAUUGUUAGAAUAAUAGUGAAGACAUCAAAACUAUAAAAUAACACAUAUGGAAUCAUGUAGUAACCAGAAAAGUGUUAAACAAAUCAAAAUAUAUAUUUUAUAUUUGAGAUUCUUCAAAUAGCCGGCACUCAGACAGCAGUCUGUUUUCAAAAGGGUUUAUUUUCGUGUUUCUCUCUCUACCUUUGGUGUUAUUGGGGUUGGCCCCUCUCUCCAUUGGUGUUAUUGGGGUUGGCCCCUCUCUCCCAUUGGUGUUGUUAUUGGGGUUGGCCCCUCUCUCCCAUUGGUGUUGUUAUUGGGGUUGGCCCCUCUCUCCAUUGGUGGUGUUAUUGGGGUUGGCCCCUCUCUCCCAUUGGUGUUGUUAUUGGGGUUGGCCCCUCUCUCCAUUGGUGGUGUUAUUGGGGUUGGCCCCUCUCUCCAUUGGUGUUGUUAUUGGGGUUGGCCCCCCUCUCUCCAUUGGUGGUGUUAUUGGGGUUGGCCCCUCUCUCCCAUUGGUGGUGUUAUUGGGGUUGGCCCCUCUCUCCCAUUGGUGUUGUUAUUGGGGUUGGCCCCUCUCUCCAUUGGUGUUGUUAUUGGGGUUGGCCCCUCUCUCCCAUUGGUGGUGUUAUUGGGGUUGGCCCCUCUCUCCCAUUGGUGGUGUUAUUGGGGUUGGCCCCUCUCUCCAUUGGUAUUGUUAUUGGGGUUGGCCCCUCUCUCCCAUUGGUGGUGUUAUUGGGGUUGGCCCCUCUCUCCCAUUGGUGGUGUUAUUGGGGUUGGCCCCUCUCUCCCAUUGGUGGUGUUAUUGGGGUUGGCCCCUCUCUCCCAUUGGUGUUGUUAUUGGGGUUGGCCCCUCUCUCCCAUUGGUGUUGUUAUUGGGGUUGGCCCCUCUCUCCCAUUGGUGUUGUUAUUGGGGUUGGCCCCUCUCUCCCAUUGGUGGUGUUAUUGGGGUUGGCCCCUCUCUCCCAUUGGUGGUGUUAUUGGGGUUGGCCCCUCUCUCCAUUGGUGUUGUUAUUUACAGUGGUCCUCUGUAGCUCAGCUGGUAGAGCACGGCGCUUGUAACGCUAAGGUAGUGGGUUCGAUCCCCGGGACCACCCAUACACAAAAAAAAUAAAAAUAAAAAUGUAUGCACGCAUGACUGUAAGUCGCUUUGGAUAAAAGCGUCUGCUAAAUGGCAAUUAAAAAAAAAAAAAAAAAUUAUUGGGGUUGGCCCCUCUCUCCCAUUGUCUGCUGUCCCAGUCUGCCUUGAGGUCCUGACAGGCCAGGCUGGUUUACAGUUUGAAGACAAGGCCAGGCUUGUUUACAGUUUGAAGUCAAGGCCAGGCUGGUUUACAGUUUGAAGACAAGGCAUUAUGCAAAAAGAUGGGUCACUUCCAGACAUCAGCGUGGUCCUCUGUAGCUCAAUUGGUAGAGCGCGGCGCUUGUAACGCCAGGGUAGUGGGUUCGAUCCCUGGGACCACCCAUACGUAAAAAUGUAUGCGCACAUGACUGUAAGUCGCUUUGGAUAAAAGCGUCUGCUAAAUGGCAUAUUAUUAUUAUUAUUAUUAUUAUUAUUAUUAUUAUAAUAAGACCAAACUGAGGAGAAAACAAUAGUAAUUAAUGACAUGAGUCAUUCUGUUGUUCAUAGUGGCCCAUCUUCCUUCUAAAUGUGGAUUACGUUAGCUAUAUGUUGAGUUAGCUUUUCUUCAGAAUACUGUAAUCCUGCCCACAAACUCUCCCAUGGACACCCAUGAGUCAUCCACAGGGACUAACCUCACCACAUGACCACAGACAAAGUGGAUCAAUGCUAAACCAAACACACAACAGCGCGCUACUGUUAACUAGAACUACUUGUAACGUAGACGCUGGGAGUCGAGAAGCAGGUGGUAAGUUUAAUAGAACAAAGAACAUGGAACGACACAACAUAAGAGGAGCGUCUUGAAACAACACUACCUGGGGAAAGAACCUAAGGGAGUGCCAGAUAAAGGGGAGGUAACGGAGUCCAGGUGUGCCUCAUGAUGAAGCGCAGGUGCCCGUAAUGAUGGUUACCAGGUGCGCGUAAUGAUGGUUACCAGGUGCGCGAAAUGAUGGUUACCAGGUGCGCGUAAUGAUGGUUACCAGGUGCGCGUAAUGAUGGUUAACAGGUGCGCGUAAUGAUGGUUACCAGGUGCGCGUAAUGAUGGUUACCAGGUGCACGUAAUGACGGUUACCAGGUGCGCGUCAUGAUGGUUACCAGGUGCACGUAAUGAUGGUUACCAGGUGCGCGUAAUGAUGGUUACCAGGUGCGCGUAAUGAUGGUUACCAGGUGCGCGUAAUGACGGUUACCAGGUGCACGUAAUGAUGGUUACCAGGUGCACGUAAUGAUGGUUACCAGGUGCACGUAAUGAUGGUUACCAGGUGCACGUAAUGAUGGUUACCAGGUGCGCGUAAUGAUGGUUACCAGGUGCGCGUAAUGAUGGUUACAUUUUACAUUUUACAUUUUAGUCAUUUAGCAGACGCUCUUAUCCAGAGCGAUUUUUUUUUUUUUUUUUCAUACUGGCCCCCCGUGGGAAUCGAACCCACAACCCACAACGCCAUGCUCUACCAACUGAGCUACAUCCCUGCCGGCCAUUCCCUCCCCUAACCUGGACAACGCUGGGCCAAUUGUGCACAGCCCCAUGGGUUACCAGGUGCGCGUAAUGAUGGUUACCAGGACCGGUGGUUAGUAGACCGGCGACGUCGAACGCCGGAGGGGGAGGAGCGGGAGGAGACACUACUGUUAUAGAUUCUACUGUAAAGCCGGAGGGGGGGAGCGGGAGGAGACACUACUGUUAUAGAUUCUACUGUAAAGCCGGAGGGGGAGGAGCGGGAGGAGACACUACUGUUAUAGAUUCUACUGUAAAGCUCCAACAGACGAUGAACCCAAGAUUCAUUUGACAUUUUAGUCAUUUAGCAGACGCUCUUAUCUAGAGCGACUUACAGUUAAGUGAGUGCAUACAUUUUUCAUACUGGCCCCCACGUGGGAGUCAAACCCACAACCCUGGCGUUGCAAGCGCCAUGCUCUACCAACUGAGCUACAGGAGGAUGAUUGAACAUGCAGUUAUUACAUGAAAAAAUACUACAGUUUUAGUAUAGAAUACAAGAGUACUUACUAUAUAAUUCUAUAGUAACUGUAGUAACUCAUUAUUAGGAAGGUGUUCUUAAUGUUUUGUACACUCAGUGUAUAUGUGCCAUGUAACCAUCAGUGGCUCUUAAUGCGGAUUACAGUAGCUAUAUGUUGACAUUAGGAACACCUGCUCUUUACACGACAUAGACUGACCAGGUGAAUCCAGGUGAAAGCUAUGAUCCCUUAUGUCACUUCAGUCAGGACUAGGAGAGGACUAGCCGUUGGAUAAGGGUUAGGGUUGGGAGAGGAGAGGAGAGGACUAGCCGUUGGAUAAGGGUUAGGGUUGGGAGAGGAGAGGACUAGCCGUUGGAUAAGGGUUAGGGUUGGGAGAGGAGAGGACUAGCCGUUGGAUAAGGUUUAGGGUUAGGAGAGGAGAGGACUAGCCGUUGGGUAAGGGUUAGGGUUAGGAGAGGAGAGGACUAGCCGUUGGAUAAGGGUUAGGUUUGGGAGAGGAGAGGAGAGGACUAGCCAUUGGAUAAGGGUUAGGGUUGGGAGAGGAGAGGACUAGCCGUUGGAUAAGGGUUAGGGUUGGGAGAGGAGAGGACUAGCCGUUGGAUGAGGGUUAGGGUUGGGAGAGGAGAGGACUAGCCGUUGGAUAAGGGUUAGGGUUGGGAGAGGAGAGGAGAGGACUAGCCGUUGGGUAAGGGUUAGGGUUGGGAGAGGAGAGGACUAGCCGUUGGAUAAGGGUUAGGGUUGGGAGAGGAGAGGACUAGCCGUUGGGUAAGGUUUAGGGUUGGGAGAGGAGAGGAGAGGACUAGCCAUUGGAUAAUGGUUAGGGUUGGGAGAGGAGAGGAGAGGACUAGCCAUUGGAUAAGGGUUAGGGUUGGGAGAGGAGAGGACUAGCCGUUGGAUAAGGGUUAGGGUUGGGAGAGGAGAGGACUAGCCGUUGGAUAAGGGUUAGGGUUGGGAGAGGAGAGGACUAGCCGUUGGAUAAGGGUUAGGGUUGGGAGAGGAGAGGACUAGCCGUUGGAUAAGGGUUAGGGUUGGGAGAGGAGAGGAGAGGACUAGCCGUUGGGUAAGGGUUAGGGUUGGGAGAGGACUAGCCGUUGGAUAAGGGUUAGGGUUGGGAGAGGAGAAGACUAGCUGUUGGGUAAGGGUUAGGGCUGGGAAAGGAGAGGACUAGCCGUUGGAUAAGGGUUAGGGUUGGGAGAGGAGAGGAGAGGACUAGCCGUUGGAUAAGGGUUGGGGUUGGGAGAGGAGAGGAGAGGACUAACCGUUGGAUAAGGUUUAGGGUUGGGAGAGGAGAGGACUAGCCGUUGGAUAAGGGUUAGGGUUGGGAGAGGAGAGGACUAGCCGUUGGAUAAGGGUUAGGGUUGGGAGAGGAGAGGACUAGCCAUUGGAUAAGGGUUAGGGUUGGGAGAGGAGAGGACUAGCCGUUGGAUAAGGGUUAGGGUUGGGAGAGGAGAGGACUAGCCGUUGGAUAAGGGUUAGGGUUGGGAGAGGAGAGGAGAGGAGAGGACUAGCCGUUGGGUAAGGGUUAGGGUUGGGAGAGGAGAGGAGAGGACUAGCCGUUGGAUAAGGGUUAGGAUUGGGAGAGGAGAGGAGAGGACUAGCCGUUGGGUAAGGGUUAGGGUUGGGAGAGGAGAGGAGAGGACUAGCCGUUGGGUAAGGGUUAGGGUUGGGAGAGGAGAGGAGAGGACUAGCCAUUGGAUAAGGGUUAGGGUUGGGAGAGGAGAGGACUAGCCAUUGGAUAAGGGUUAGGGUUGGGAGAGGAGAGGACUAGCCGUUGGAUAAGGGUUAGGGUUGGGAGAGGAGAGGACUAGCCGUUGGGUAAGGGUUAGGGUUGGGAGAGGAGAGGACUAGCCGUUGGGUAAGGGUUAGGGUUGGGAGAGGAGAGGACUAGCCGUUGGGUAAGGGUUAGGGUUGGGAGAGGGGAGGACUAGCCGUUGGGUAAGGGUUGGGGUUGGGAGAGGAGCGGAGAGGACUAGCCGUUGGAUAAGGGUUAGGGUUGGGAGAGGAGAGGAGAGGACUAGCCGUUGGAUAAGGGUUAGGAUUGGGAGAGGGGAGGACUAGCCGUUGGGUAAGGGUUAGGGUUGGGAGAGGAGAGGACUAGCCGUUGGAUAAGGGUUAGGAUUGGGAGAGGGGAGGACUAGCCGUUGGGUAAGGGUUAAGGUUGGGAAAGGAGAGGACUAGCCAUUGGGUAAGGGUUAGGGUUGGGAGAGGAGAGGACUAGCCGUUGGGUAAGGGUUAGGGUUGGGAGAGGAGAGGACUAGCCGUUGGGUAAGGGUUAGGGUUGGGAGAGGGGAGGACUAGCCGUUGGGUAAGGGUUAGGGUUGGGAGAGGAGAGGACUAGCCGUUGGAUAAGGGUUAGGUUUGGGAGAGGAGAGGAGAGGUCUAGCCAUUGGAUAAGGGUUAGGGUUGGGAGAGGGGAGGACUAGCCGUUGGGUAAGGGUUAGGGUUGGGAGAGGAGAGGAGAGGACUAGCCGUUGGAUAAGGGUUAGGGUUGGGAGAGGAGAGGACUAGCCGUUGGGUAAGGGUUAGGGUUGGGAGAGGAGAGGACUAGCCGUUGGGUAAGGGUUAAGGUUGGGAAAGGAGAGGACUAGCCAUUGGAUAAGGUUUAGGGUUGGGAGAGGUGAGGAGAGGAGAGGACUAGCCGUUGUAUAAGGGUUAAGGUUGGGAGAGGUGAGGAGAGGACUAGCCGUUGGAUAAGGUUUAGGGUUGGGAGAGGUGAGGAGAGGAGAGGACUAGCCGUUGUAUAAGGGUUAAGGUUGGGAGAGGUGAGGAGAGGACUAGCCGUUGGAUAAGGAUUAAGGUUGGGAGAGGAGAUGAGAGGACUAGCCUUUGGAUAAGGGUUAGGGUUGGGAGAGGAGAGGACUAGCCGUUGGGUAAGGGUUAAGGUUGGGAAAGGAGAGGACUAGCCAUUGGAUAAGGUUUAGGGUUGGGAGAGGUGAGGAGAGGAGAGGACUAGCCGUUGUAUAAGGGUUAAGGUUGGGAGAGGUGAGGAGAGGACUAGCCGUUGGAUAAGGAUUAAGGUUGGGAGAGGAGAGGAGAGGACUAGCCGUUGGAUAAGGGUUAGGGUUGGGAGAGGAGAGGAGAGGACUAGCCGUUGGAUAAGGGUUAGGAUUGGGAGAGGAGAGGAGAGGACUAGCCGUUGGAUAAGGGUUGGGAGAGGAGAGAACUAGCCCAGACAAGUUUGUCCCUGACUGACUCACUGUCCUCGGGUGGCUCCCACACAACAUCUUCCGACAAGACUGGGAACUGUUCAAAUUAAUCUACACAGGGCUUUAACCAAGCCUUUAGUUGACAUUAUGUUUUUUUUUUAAACAUUAAGAGCCACUGACAGUUACAUGGCACAGAUACACUGAGUGUACAAAACAUUAAGAACACCUUCCUAAUAAGUAGUGGCUUGUGUUCUAUAAGACUGUCAGGCGUUCAUGGGAGUUGGGAAGCGUGGACAAGGAAAAGCAAUACAGCGUGGGAACUCACAUGGAUGUGACUGACUGUGACAUGUCGGAGGGCCGUGUUGAAUGUUGAAUGGCAGCUAUGCGAUGCACUGUGGCUCCACCCUGUCAGAUGGGCUGUUGUUUUGGUCUUUGUCUCUACAAAUGAUUGAGAAAGUUGCACACUCUUGUCUCCUUGCUGUGAAUUGACUUAUUUAGCUACGUUCCGGCUGAAGAGCUUUCAUCGGGGUGAGCUGUUCUGUCUCUCUCACCGUUAACUUAACACCAUUCAGGACUAAUGGCUGUAGUUGCUGUCAGGGAAAGGAGAGGACUAACCGUUGUGUAAGGGUUGGGAGAGGAGAGGACUAGCCGUUGGGUAAGGGUUAGGGUUGGGAGAGGAGAGGACUAGCCGUUGGAUAAGGGUUAGGGUUGGGAGAGGAGAGGAGAGGAGAGGAGAGGACUAGCCGUUGGAUAAGGGUUAGGGUUGGGAGAGGAGAGGACUAGCCGUUGGAUAAGGGUUAGGAUUGGGAGAGGAGAGGAGAGGACUAGCCGUUGGAUAAGGGUUGGGAUUGGGAGAGGAGAGGAGAGGACUAGCCGUUGGAUAAGGGUUAGGAUUGGGAGAGGAGAGGACUAGCCGUUGGAUAAGGGUUAGGGUUGGGAGAGGACUAGCCGUUGGGUUAGGGUUGGGAGAGGAGUGGACUAGCCGUUGGAUAAGGGUUAGGGUUGGGAGAGGAGAGGACUAGCCGUUGGAUAAGGGUUAGGGUUGGGAGAGGAGAAGAGAGGACUAACCGUUGGAUAAGGUUUAGGGUUGGGAGAGGAGAGGACUAGCCGUUGGAUAAGGGUUAGGAUUGGGAGAGGAGAGGAGAGGACUAGCCGUUGGAUAAGGGUUAGGGUUGGGAGAGGAGAGUACUAGCCGUUGGAUAAGGGUUAGGAUUGGGAGAGGAGAGGACUAGCCGUUGGAUAAGGGUUAGGGUUGGGAGAGGAGAGGAGAGGACUAGCCGUUGGAUAAGGGUUGGGAGAGGAGAGAACUAGCCCAGACAAGUUUGUCCCUGACUGACUCACUGUCCUCGGGCGGCUCCCACACAACAUCUUCCGACAAGACAAGACAGGAUCAGACAGGACAGGACAGGACAGGGGCUUGGUAAUACUCACGCUCUCAGAGUGUGUCUGUGUGUGUCUUAAGGCUACAACACUCAGGGUUCUUCUCUUUACUAAACUAUACUAGACUGUUGUUUGUGUUUCUCCGAGCAAAACCGUUAACAGAAAUGGGAACUGUUCAAUUUAAUCUACCCAGGGCUUUAACCAAGCCUUUAGUUGACAUAAUGUUUUUUUUCUUUGCACGUGGCACAUACAGUGGGGAGGGCCGGAAUUCUUACUGGUUGGUAGGUGAUCAAAUAUUUAUGUCAUGCAAUAAAAUGCAAAUUAAUUACUUAAAAAUCAUACAAUGUGAUUUUCUGGAUUUUUGUUUUAGAUUCCGUCUCUCACAGUUGAAGUGUACCUAUGAUAAAAAUUACAGACCUCUACAUGCUUUGUAAGUAGGAAAACCUGCAAAAUCGGCAGUGUAUCAAAUACUUGUUCUCCCCACUGUAUAUACUGAGAGUACAAAACAUUAAGAACACCUUCCUAAUAGUGAGUUGCCCCCCCCCCCCCCCAGUCCCCCUAUUGCCCUCAGAACAGCCUCAAUUCGUAGGGGCAUGGACUCUACAAGGUGUCGAAAGCGUUCCACAGGGAUGCUUUCCACAGUUGUGUCAAGUUGGCUGGAUGUCCUUGGGUGGUUGACAAUUCUUGAUACACAUGGGAAACUGUUGAGCGUGAAAAACCCAGCAGCGUUGCAGUUCUUGACACACUCAAACCAACUGGUGCGCCUGGCACCUACUACCAUACCCCGUUCAAAGGCACUUCAAUAUUUUGUCUUGCCCAUUCACCCUCUGAAUGGCACACAUACACAAUCCAUGUCUCAAUUGUCUCAAGGCUUAAAAAUCCUUCUUUAACCUGUCUCCUCCCCUUCAUCUACACUGAUUUUUAACAGGUGACAUCAAUAAGGGAUCAUAGCUUUCACCUGGAUUCACCUGGUCAGUCUAUGUCGUGCAAAGAGCAGGUGUUUUUAAUGUUUUCGUACACUGAGUGUACACCAACCUGUCGUUGUAGCUAAUGGUGUGAACUUGGUGUGGGACAUUACAACACAUAUCUGCCGUAGGGGUAAUUCCAUGGGAACAUGGUGACAUAGCGCCGUCAUUCUGUUACCAAACUUUGCAUCUGUUCUUCAAGUAAAAUGUUCAAUGGAAAUUGUUAAAAGUCUUCCUUACAUUUACAUUUAUGUCAUUUAGCAGACGCUCUUAUCCAGAGCGACUUACAAAUUGGUGCAUUCACCUUAUAGCCAGUGGGACAACCACUUUACAAUAUGUUUUUUUUUGGGGGGGUAGAAGGAUUACUUUAUCCUAUCCCAGGUAUUCCUUAAAGAGGUGGGGUUUCAAAUGUCUCCGGAAGGUGGUGAGUGACUCCGCUGUCCUGGCGUUGUGAGGGAGCUUGUUCCACCAUUGGGGUGCCAGAGCAGUGAACAGUUUUGACUGGGCUGAGCGGGAACUGUGCUUCCGCAGAGGUAGGGGGGCCAGCAGGCCAGAGGUGGAUGAACGCAAUGCCCUCGUUUGGGUGUAGGGACUGAUCAGAGCCUGAAGGUACGGAGGUGCCGUUCCCCUCACAGCUCCGUAGGCAAGCACCAUGGUCUUGUAGCAGAUGCGAGCUUCAACUGGAAGCCAGUGGAGUGUGCGGAGGAGCGGGGUGACGUGAGAGAACUUGGGAAGGUUGAACACCAGACGGGCUGCGGCAUUCUGGAUGAGUUGUAGGGGUUUAAUGGCACAGGCAGGGAGCCCAGCCAACAGCGAGUUGCAGUAAUCCAGACGGGAGAUGACAAGUGCCUGGAUUAGGACCUGUGCCGCUUCCUGUGUAAGGCAGGGUCGUACUCUCCGAAUGUUGUAGAGCAUGAACCUACAGGAUCGGGUCACCGCCUUGAUGUUAGAACGACAGGGUGUUGUCCAGGGUCACGCCAAGGCUCUUUGCACUCUGGGAGGAGGACACAACGGAGUUUGUCAACCGUGAUGGCGAGAUCAUGGAACGGGCAGUCCUUCCCCGGGAGGAAGAGCAGCUCUGUCUUGCCGAGGUUCAGCUUGAGGUGGUGAUCCGUCAUCCACACUGAUAUGUCUGCCAGACAUGCAGAGAUGCGAUUCGCCACCUGGUUAUCAGAAGGGGGGAAAGGAGAAGAUUAGUUGCGUGUCGUCAGCGUAGCAAUGAUAGGAGAGGCCAUGUGAGGAUAUGACAGAGUGUGUUUAACCUGGCAAUCAUUGCUUUUGGCUUACAUAUUUUAAUGUGGAAAAUCAUUCUGUUACCGUGGAAUUGUCCAUAUCAAGAUAGAUGCGCUACUUCUUUAUAAUAAAUCAUGAUGUCUCACCACUAUCAGAGUGAACAAUGUGGCUCUUAUAUCUGACUUUUAAAGAAAGACAUUGAGUUAUUGGAGCUCAAGUUUAGGAGCACACAACCCCUCUAGACUGAACACAAGGUAGUGCUUUACAUUGGAAUCACUUGAAUCACCUUAUCAGAGGUUCGUCUGCUGUGGUUUCAGUUGUCACAGACAGGUGCCCCUAAGGAUCACUCAGACGCUAUUUAUAGAAUAGGAGGAGAGAGGAGGAUGAGGAGAGAGGUAGAGAAGGAGGGGAGAGGAGGAAGAGAGAGAUGGAAGAGAGGGGGAGGAGGAGGAGGAGGAGGAGGAGGAGGAGGAAGAGAGAGAUGGAAGAGAGGGGGAGGAGGAGGAGGAGGAGGAGGAGGAGAAGGAGGGGAGAGGAGGAAGAGAGAGAUGGAAGAGAGGGGGAGGAGGAGGAGGAGGAGGAGGAGGAGGAGGAUGAGGAGGAAGAGAGAGAUGGAAGAGAGGAGGAGGAGGAGGAGGAGGAGGAAGAGAGGAGGAGGAGGAGGAGGAGGAGAGGAGGAGGAGAGGGAGGAGGGGGAGGAGGGGGAGGGGGAGGAGGAGGAGGAGGAGGGUGUCUUGAUCAAACUCCACACCUCUCAGGAACACCUCCCUUUAUAUCCUAAAGCCUGA